GUUCAAUAUUGGUUUGGGUGCAGGUUUGAAAAGGGAGCUUUCCAGCUCUCAAGGAAUAUAACCAAUCGGAACGAACACUUACCUAUGUAAAAGGACGCUUUAAUUAAUAUAUAUAUAUAUAUAUAUAUAUACUUCUAUCUCUAAUAUUCAUGUCUCUAGGCUAGAUAUCUAUCUUCACAAUAAAAUGUGUGCAAAUUCUCUUCGCAGACACGAGUCCCCACCAUAGACUGUAUAGAAAAGCAUGAUAAAGGUUGGAAAAAUGGAUAAAAAUGUUGAAAGAACCUACAGUUCCUUAUUAGGCGAAGAUACAAUAUUUAUUCCUUGUCUCCUGGGAUAAAUCUCUUCUGCCUAUUGUCCUCCCAGUACUCAGUGCUGAUGCUUAAUUUUCAAAACUUCUAUAUUACCAAGGGACCUACGACAUCAGCCAAAGAAAUACUCAGCAAGUACAAAAUCUGUUCCAGGGAGCUGCUUUUGUGCAGAGGGAAAAUUUUGUUCCUACAGGUUUUUAAGUGGGUACAAGGCAAGGAGAUAUCUGAUCCGGGCAAAGCCAUUACAAUUUAGAUCUCUAUCUAUAGAUCAUUUUUUUUCCUUUAAAAAAAUUGGAAAAUACAAGAAGUUUGGAUUUUUUCCUGAUUCUUUUUUGGAGGGGGAAAUUGCAUCGUAAGCUUUCGGAGAAACCCAACAUGUCAACUACCUUUCCGGGACUAGUCCACGAUGCCGAGAUACGUCACGACGGAUCAAACAGCUACCGUUUGAUGCAGCUCGGGUGUCUGGAGUCCGUAGCCAAUUCCACUGUCGCCUAUUCCUCCUCCUCUCCUCUAACUUACUCCACAACUGGCACUGAGUUUGCUUCCCCGUACUUCUCCACUAACCACCAGUACACCCCGCUCCAUCACCAAUCCUUUCACUACGAGUUCCAGCACAGUCACCCGGCUGUGAACCCCGACGCCUACUCUCUGAAUUCGCUCCACCACUCGCAACAGUACUAUCAACAGAUCCACCACGGGGAGCCCACCGAUUUUAUUAAUCUGCACAAUGCUCGGGCGCUCAAGUCCUCUUGCUUGGACGAGCAGAGGAGAGAGCUGGGCUGCCUCGAUGCUUACCGCCGCCACGACCUGUCUCUUAUGAGCCAUGGAUCCCAGUAUGGGAUGCAUCCAGAUCAAAGACUCCUGCCAGGACCCAGCCUGGGGCUGGCCGCCUCGGGAGCAGACGAUUUGCAGGGAUCAGUGGAUGCUCAGUGUGGGCUUGUUCUCAAUGGCCAAGGUGGAGUGAUAAGAAGAGGUGGCACUUGUGUGGUUAACCCCACAGACUUAUUUUGCUCUGUCCCUGGUCGCUUGUCACUACUGAGUUCCACUUCUAAAUAUAAAGUGACCAUAGCAGAGGUCAAGAGGCGCCUUUCACCUCCUGAAUGCCUCAAUGCUUCCCUCCUGGGAGGUAUUUUGAGAAGAGCAAAAUCCAAGAAUGGGGGACGAUGCUUGAGAGAAAAACUGGAUAGGCUGGGCUUGAAUUUGCCAGCAGGGAGAAGGAAAGCAGCCAAUGUCACCCUUCUAACUUCCUUAGUAGAAGGAGAAGCUUUACAUUUGGCUCGGGAUUUUGGCUACACUUGUGAAACAGAGUUUCCAGCCAAGGCAGUAGGAGAACAUCUUGCCAGACAGCAUAUGGAACAAAAAGAACAGACAGCAAGGAAAAAGAUGAUUCUAGCUACAAAACAAAUUUGUAAAGAAUUCCAGGACCUUUUGAGCCAAGAUAGAUCACCACUUGGAUCAUCCAGACCUACUCCAAUAUUAGACCUCGAUAUCCAGAGACAUUUAACACACUUCAGCUUGAUCACUCAUGGUUUUGGAACUCCAGCAAUAUGUGCAGCCCUAAGCACUUUCCAAACUGUCCUUAGUGAAAUGCUGAACUACUUGGAAAAACACACGGCACACAAAAACGGUGGAGCAGCGGAUUCUGGCCAAGGACAUGCCAACUCGGAGAAAGCCCCCCUGCGGAAAACUUCAGAGGCCGCUGUGAAAGAGGGCAAAACAGAAAAGACAGACUAGCUACAUCAAACAGAAUCUAUUUCCAGAGAGUCUUGCUGCUGAUAUUUUUUUCUAAUAUAUAUAUCAUUGAGGGUGACUAAUCUUCAGUGGACCAAAUCUCUUCCCUCCAUUACCCCUCUGAAAAAAAAAAAGGAAAUGAAACAAAAAAAGACAAAAAAAAACAAAAAAAAACAAAAAAAGGAAAACAGCAGUGUAAUCGUGUGAUGAAAUUGUCACCUUUUUUUAAAAAACUUUAUGUUGCGAUAAACUCCUUUUGUGCACGUAUUUUAUUGUUCCAAAUUAUCCUCAUCACAGUUUUAAGCACUUCUGGACUUUGGAGAGGCAACAUGUGCUUUUUCACAAGCUAACUGAUGCACUUUCUCAAUCAAACGUGUAGUUAGGGAUCAGGAAGCAUGUCCAAAAUGGGAACCACCACCAGUUUUUAUGGCUCCAAGCAGUUCUCUUGACUUAACCCUGUAACAAAAGAGUGCCUCGUUCCACUAAUCAAACCAAGCCAGCAAUCAAUCCAUCAAUAAAUGUUUUGGAAACCUGAAAAA